GUCAUUUUAUCAAAUUUGUCUUCACUGAUUGAACUUACUGAUAUUGUAUAUCUCGUUUAUUUCAAUAUAGGUGUUUCAUACGUUUCUUAACUCUUUAAAUCAGCUAACUAACAUAAUAUAUCAUCAUGGAUGGCUCCAAGAUGUCACAAGAUGAACUCGUGGAAAAAUUAAAACAUCAAGUGGCAUUGGAAAAUAUAGAAUUGUUAUUAAUGAAAAUGAGUCGGUUAUGUUUCAACAAAUGCAUCAUAAAACCAGGGCCUUCACUAGAUAGUACAGAACAAAAAUGUGUUUCAAUGUGUAUGGACCGUUAUAUGGAAACAGUUAGUUUAGUUUCCAAGUCCUUUGGUGAACGACUUAUGGCUGAAUCCCAAAAUAUGCAUUAAACUGAAGCAAUGCAUUAAAUGAGUGUUAUUAUAUAGUUACUAUAGUUUUCUGUCAUUUAUACGGUUAAUUGUAUAUUUACAUUUGUAAUUAAUUUUUAAAUACCUCAAAAAUUUUGAAUGUAUAAAAGUAAAAAAUAAACAUCAGAAGUAUAAAAUC